GUGUCGAGCUGCUAAGGAUUAGCCGGUUUACCGCGAGCACACGUACACCAUGGAGGAGGGAGAGGCCGUGGCCGCGUCGGGCGGAGCGGCGGGAGGGGAGGAGGCGGAGAGGACGACGACGAAGGCGCCGGCGCCGGCGCUGAAGGUGGUGGCAGCCGUGGACGCGAGCGAGGAGAGCCUGCACGCGCUGUCGUGGGCGCUCGACAACAUCGUGCGGUGCCACCCGGACGCGGCGCUCGUCGUCGUCCACGCCCAUCCCGGCGUCGACCACUUCGUCUACCCCGUCGCCGCUUACGGCAUCGCCACCGCCUACGUGCCGGCCUCGGCGGUGGAGUCCAUGCGGAAGGCGCAGGAGGAGAUCUCCCGGAGGAUCGUGGCGCGGGCCCUGGACAUCUGCAAGGCGAAACAGGUGGAUGCCACGGCGGCCAUCGUGGAGGGCGACGCCAAGGAGGCCAUCUGCCAGGCCGUGGAGCGGAUGCAAGCCGGCCUUCUCGUCCUCGGCAGCCGAGGCCUCGGCAAGAUCAAGAGGGCGUUCUUAGGCAGCGUGAGCGACUACCUCACCCAUCAGGCGUGCUGCCCUGUCCUGGUCGUGAAGCCGCCCAAAGCGCACGCCAAGUGAACUCAGCUCAACUCCUGGGACGCCUCUCAACCGUACUAGGCUUACUAUUGUAUGCAGUAGUGCACUGUGCUGUCAAUAAUGAUGUGAUCAAGCUACUCCUACUAGAUAUGUCCAUACA